AUGGGCAGCUUUACGUUGGUGAGACGGCGCGCCGUCCCCCUCGCGCUGGCCCUGUGCUCGGCCGCGGCCGUCGAGUACUUCGUGCCCGACGCGCCGCGCCAGCCCCCGACGAUCUCCAACGUGACGACGAGCUCCAUGAUGCUGCACUGGGAGCCCGUCGACGCGCGUUUGAGCUACCCGGUGGACGCCUACGAGGUCGAGGUCAUGUCCCUGCAGGAGCGGCACCUCGGCUGGCGGAGCCUCGACGACGCCGUCGAGACCGUCAAGCCGCGCAACGAGGUGCAGACCAUCAACAUCCGCGUCGACAAGGGGUCGACGGUCGCGGGCGGCUACUUCCAAAUCUACGCGGCCUUCGACGGCAUCAGCCCGCUGAACACGGACGCCGUGGCCUACACGAGCGAGAUCCCCUACGACGCGACGGCCGCCGAGGUCAAGGCGGCCAUCGAGGGCCUCGAGAACGUGGACGCGCUCGUCCACGUCAUCCGCUGCGACGGCGUGUUGGGCUCCGGCGGCGUCGGCGGCUGGGUCGGCGGCUGCCCCUUCGGCGCCUACGGCGCCUACUCCUGGCACGUCGAGUUCGACACGCCGCGCACGGAGGCGACGGCCUACGACGGCGCCCUCCGCGAGUUCAACCAGCCCACCCUGGACCUCAGGACGCAGACGAUGAGCGCGCCCAUGCCGUCCGCGGGCUUCGGCUCCAUCCCCGUGCUGGGCAUCUACAAGGAGACCGUCAGCCUCGGCGUGUCCUGGACGGGGCCCGGCCCGGCGGUCUCCGUGUGGCGCGCGGGCUCGUCGCUGCCCUGCGGCGCGGCCGAGUGGCGGACGUCGCCGAAGCACCCCGUCUCCGGCGUCGUCGGCGGCGGCGGCCGGCCGCCGCCGGCGCCGUUGUGCGCCUACAACGCGACGUCCCUGGCGCACCCCGGCGGCCUCUACGCCUUCCGGAUCGCCGCGCACAACGCCGCGGGUUGGUCGCCGCACGGCCCCGCGUCCGAGACCGCGCGGCUCAUCGCCGUGCGCCCGCCGCCGCGGCCCCUGGCGCCGGUCUUCGCCGUCCUCGACGACAGCGCCCUGCCGCGGGGCAGCGCCGUCUUCUACGCGUCGACGCCGCCGAACGCGGCCCAGCAGGCCGCGGCGUCCGCGCCGCCCGCGGCGACCUACGAGCUCCAGUACCGCCAGGACGAGGCGGCGCCCUGGGUCGACGCGCCGGCGCCCAUCGACGUCGACGGCUCGGGCUGGGCGACGGCGACGCUUUACGGGCUCGAGGCGGGCGCGGCCGUCUUCGCGCGGUCGCGCGCGGCGAACGCGGCGGGCGCGUCGCCCUGGUCCCUGUCGUCCAACGGCGGCGUCGCGACGCGGGACCCGAAGCCGCCCGUGCCCUCGGCGCCCGUCGCGACGCUCGACGGCGGCGACGGCGCGAUCCUCGUGCGCUUUUUGCCGUUCGCGGCCGACGGUUUAGGGAGCCGGUCCGCGACGGUCGCGCGCCACUUCGAGCUCGGCACGCAGGCCUGGAAGGGGCGGGGCUUCGCGGCGCCCGUGGGCUGGGACGUCGCCUACGACCGGCCCCUGCCCUACGUGUUGACGGACGCCGUCGACGAGAUCCAGCUCGCGACGAGCCGCUGCGACGCGGGCGCGAUCUCGGGGGGCACGUUCCGCCUGCGGCUGCCCGUGCGCGGCGCCUACGAGCGCGGCACGGUGACGGGCGACCUGCCGUUCGACGCGUCGGCCUUCGCCGUCAAGAAGGCCCUGGAGGCGCUGGACGUCGUUCCGGAGGGGUCGCUCGCGGUCACGCGGCACACGCCGGGCGCGCUCGAGUCGCACGCGCCCGCGCGGGGCGCCUUCGCCUGGAAGGUCCACUUCAAGGACAUCGGCGCCGUCGCCGGCGCGGACCUGCGGGCCACGGGCGUCUUCCCCGCGCUCGAGCCCGAGAACGUGGACCUGAGCUGCGCGUACUCCGGCGACGGCGUCGGCGUCGUCGUCGAGCGGCUCCAGGUCGGCUCGCUGGAGACCUACCGCGACGCGCUGGACGCGGAGGUCUUCAACGUGGAGCCGAACACGCGCUACCGGUUCCGCGCGCGCGCCGUCGACGGUCGCGGCGCGGCGUCCGAGUGGAGCGCCGCGUCCGCGUGGGUCGCGACGAACGACGCCCUGCGCGUCUUCGAGACCGUGGGGCGGUCGACGCAGCGCCGCGCCGAGGCCCGGUCGCUCAAGGAGGCCGCGGUGGGCUGGGCGGCCGCGCGGCAGCGGGAUCCGGACUACGUCGGCGGCGCGGGCGACGGCGGCGACGGCGACGGCAACGGCGGUCUGGUCGUGCUCGCGGCCUACGACGGCGCCGCGGCGCACCCGAUCAAGGGCGCGCGCGGCGUCUUCUACGCGGCGGGGCGGCCCCAGACCUACGUCGUGCCCCGGCGGCUCCCGGGCCGGCCGGGCGCGAAGCGGCUCGUCGCGAAGCUCUGGGGCGGCGGCGGCGGCGGCGCCGGCGCGGGGCGGGGCGAGGCGAACGCGACGAGCCGCGCGACGGAGGCGCUCGUCGACGACCUGCGCCUGGACAAGUUCUUCGCGCGCGGCGGCGGCCAGGGCAGCAAAAGAGAGCGAAAUUCCCAACUUCAAAGGCUCCUAUCUCGGCCGUUUUCCACUCGCGGCGGCGGGGGCUACCUGUCCGUGUCGCUCUCGGUCGUCCCGGGGGAGACGCUGACGGUGCUCGUCGGCGGCGGCGGCGGCGGCGCGACGGACUCGCGGCCGGGCGCGGGCGGCUACGGCGGCGGCGCCGCGGGGGGGCGCGGCGAGUGGUGCGGCGGCGGCGGCGGCGGCCGGAGCGAGGUCGUCCGCACGAGCGACGGCGCCGUGCUCGCCGUCGCCGGCGGCGGCGGCGGCGCGGGCGCGUCGGACUACUGCUGCGGCCACGGCGGCGGCGGCGGCGGCGACGACGGAGAGGACGGCUACGCGCCCGGGCUCGCGACGCCGGUGGACGUCGGUCUGUACGGCGCGGCGCGCGACGAGUACAGCGCCGUCGACGGCGACGGGUCCGGGACGAUCGCCGUCGACGUCGGCGGCAGCGACGCGCGGGACCUGAGCGGGCCCCACGCGCGGCACCGCCACGUGGACCUCGGCGAGGCGCCGGGCGCGGACUACUCGGCCGUCGCCGCGGGCGGCCGCGGCGCCUCCCAGGGCGCCGGCGGCGACCCGGGGGCGCCGGGGUCCUUCGAAGUGAGCACGGAGGGCGUCGUCGUGUCGACGUCGCAGCGGCCGGGCGCCGCGGCCGUCGCGGACCUGCGGGGCGCGAUCGCCGUCGACGGCGCGCGCGGCGCGCGGAAUUUGGGCGGCGCGGGCGGCUCGGGCAAGGAGGGCGGCGGCGGCGGCGGCGGCGGCUACUUCGGGGGCGGCGGCGGCGGCUCGGGCGUCGACGCGGGCGGCGGCGGCGGCGGGUCCGCGUGGUUCGACGCGGACCUCGCCUACCGACCGGUCGAGGCGCGCUGGGGCGCGCUGAGCCCGCCGACGCCCGUCGUCGCCGACGCGAACCACAGCGCCGUGUCCCUCGCGUGGCCGCCCAACGACGCGGCGACCUACUUCUGGGCCGAGCGCUACCACGUGGAGAUGGCCGAGGGCGACGUCGGCGGCUUCAAACUCGUCGCGGUCCGCGCGGCGGCCGACGGCGGCGUCGACGUCGCGGGUCUGGACUCGGACGCGGCCUACCGCUUCCGCCUGCGGGGCGCGAACCAGACGGCGACGUCGCCGCCGGGCGAGGCCGUGGCCUGCCGCACGCUGCCCCACCCGCGCGACGAGUGGGUCCGCGUGCACCCGUCCGUCGCGGCCUUUUCCGACGGCGGCUACGGCGCCGCGUCGCCCGUGCUCGGCCGCCCCCACUACAGCAUGGGGGCGCAGACGGGCCUGGGGGCCGACGACGCCGCGUCGGAAAGCGCCGCGGGCCGCGCGGCGGACGCGCCGACGGAGUUCUACCCCUCGGCGCCGUCGGGCCGCCAGGGCCACAGCCUCACGCGGCUGGGCGGCGCGCCGGAGAUCCGCGCCUAUCGUUUACCCUCGGCGGAGCUCGGCGCCGUCUUCCUCUUUGGCGGCCACGGCGACGGCUACGAGUGCGACGGUGCGGUCGGCGCGACGUUCCGCCUCGGCGCGUACCGGUGGCGCGGCUUCGACAACGAGCGCUGCGUGCGGCGCAUGGGCGCCUCCGACGAGCUCUGGCGCCUGGACGCGGGUUUACUGGAAUGGGAGCUGAUCCGGCCGGGCCGCAACGCGUCGUGGCCGCCGCCGCGGAGCCGCCACGUCGCCGCGGCCGUCGGCGGCUUCGUCGCGGUCUUCGGCGGCGUCAAGGAGCCGGACCCGCGCUACGUCGAGGACGGCGACCUCGAGUUCGCCUACUACCGGGACCUGUGGCUGCUGGACGUCGGCGCGCCCCGGCGCGCGACGUGGUCCUGGACGGCGGGCUCGGCCGUCGACCCCGUCUUCGUGCCGGACGCGCGGACGACCUACUUCGACGUGAACGUGACGGCGGGCGACGAGUGGUGUUUGAGAGAUGUGGACAUCUACGUGCGCAUCAGCCACCCCUGCGCGUCCCAGCUGAGCAUCUCCGUCGUCGGGCCGGGCCCCGUGUCGGGCGACGGCAACUUCCGCGACCCCGUCGCGGCGUCGUGGCCCGUGCUGCUCCACGCGCCGGACGCGAAUUCGGAGGCCUGCGACCGCCUCGACCCGCCCUUCAGCACGCAGGACGCCCUAAACGACUUUGGGUACAAGGGCGACCCGGGCAUGCUCUUCGACGACGACGCUCCCGUGGACGUCCGCGCCCCGGACGCGAAGAACCCCUACGGCGGCACCUUCCGGCCCGUCGACGCGCUCGCCGAGUUCGAGGGCGCGCGGCCGAGCGGCACCUGGACGCUCGUGGUGACGGACCAUUCCGGCGGCCUGCGGAAAAAUUACAACGCGGCGAACUUGACGGCGUUCCGCGUCGUGUCGCGCCUCGAGCGCUGCGAGCGGCGCUACGUCUGGCGCAACGUGACGAACGCCACCGGCGACGCGCCGCCGGCGCUGGCCGGGGCGCUGGGCGUGUCCACGGGCGACAGCCUCUUCGUCUACGGCGGGCGGACCGCGUCGGACCCGUUCCCGGACAAGGCGCUGUGGCGCUACGACAUUUUGACGAACGCGUGGACGGCCCUGAGCGCGGCGCCCCAGCCCGAGGGCGUCUACGACCCCGUGGGCAAGGCGGCGGUCAUCACGCCCUGGGGCAUCUACGCGUUCGGCGGGUUGGGCGGCUGGCACGACGAGCGCGGCCUGCCGUGCUCGCAGUUCGACGGCCGCGUGCUCUGGCUCGACAUGCUCUCGAACCGCUGGUGGGGCCUCGACGACGAGGUCUGGCCGGGCCCCCACGAGAUCGAGGUCGACCCGGGCCGCCACCGCGUCGACGGCGCGUUCGUCGUCGCGGCGACGGUCGAAGCCGUCAACGACCGGCCCGCGCCGCGGGGGCGCUACUACGCGUCCCUGGCCUACCUCGAGCCGGGCGUCGCCGACGUCGUCUCCGCGGCCGCGGACGUCCGCGCGGGCCUCCUGCCGGACACGGACGCGGCCGUGCCGCCCGCGAUCCUCCUCUUCGGCGGCGACGACGACUUCUCGGACCUCGACGACGCCUGGCUCCUCAAGCUCGGCAACGCGUCGCUCCGGCACACGUCGGACCCGCGCUUCGAGUUCCACCUGAGCCCGUCCUUCCACUUCGCCUUCUGCGGCUGGCGCUUCCAGGGCAAGUCCCAGGAGCUCUGGGACGCGUCCUGCGGCGCGAACGCGACGACGUCGCCCAUGGAGGACUGCGAGUUCGUCGAGGUCCUCCAGCGCGCCUACUGCGAGCACCAGUACCAGAGCCUCAACCACCUGCCCUAUUAA